AUGCGGCCCCGCAGCGCCCUGCCCCGCCUGCUGCUGCCGCUGCUGCUGCUGCCCGCCGCCGGGCCAGCCCAGUUCCACGGGGAGAAGGGCAUCUCCAUCCCGGACCACGGCUUCUGCCAGCCCAUCUCCAUCCCGCUGUGCACGGACAUCGCCUACAACCAGACCAUCAUGCCCAACCUUUUGGGCCACACGAAUCAGGAGGACGCGGGCCUGGAGGUGCACCAGUUCUACCCGCUGGUAAAGGUGCAGUGCUCGCCCGAACUGCGCUUCUUUCUGUGCUCCAUGUACGCGCCCGUGUGCACCGUGCUGGAGCAGGCCAUCCCGCCGUGCCGCUCCAUCUGCGAGCGCGCGCGCCAGGGCUGCGAGGCGCUCAUGAACAAGUUCGGUUUCCAGUGGCCCGAGCGCCUGCGCUGCGAGCACUUCCCGCGCCACGGCGCGGAGCAGAUCUGCGUGGGCCAGAACCACUCCGAGGACGGCGCGCCCGCGCUGCUCACCACCGCGCCGCCCCCGGGCCUGCAGCCGGGUGCUGGGGACCCGGGCGGCCCGGGCGGCGGCGGUUCGCCUCCGCGUUACGCCACCCUGGAGCACCCUUUCCACUGUCCCCGCGUCCUCAAGGUGCCGUCCUAUCUCAGUUACAAAUUUCUCGGCGAGCGCGACUGUGCAGCGCCCUGCGAGCCGGCGCGGCCGGACGGCUCCAUGUUUUUCUCCCAGGAGGAGACGCGCUUCGCGCGCCUCUGGAUCCUCACCUGGUCGGUGCUGUGCUGCGCCUCCACCUUCUUCACUGUCACCACUUACCUGGUGGACAUGCAGCGCUUCCGCUACCCCGAGCGGCCCAUCAUUUUCCUCUCCGGCUGCUACACCAUGGUGUCGGUGGCCUACAUCGCCGGCUUCGUGCUGCAGGAGCGUGUGGUGUGCAACGAGCGCUUCUCGGAGGACGGCUACCGCACCGUGGUCCAGGGCACCAAGAAGGAGGGCUGUACCAUCCUCUUCAUGAUGCUCUACUUCUUCAGCAUGGCCAGCUCCAUCUGGUGGGUCAUCCUGUCGCUCACCUGGUUCCUGGCGGCGGGCAUGAAGUGGGGUCACGAGGCCAUCGAGGCCAACUCACAGUACUUCCAUCUGGCCGCGUGGGCCGUGCCCGCGGUCAAGACCAUCACCAUCCUGGCCAUGGGCCAGAUUGACGGCGACCUGCUGAGCGGCGUGUGCUUCGUGGGCCUCAACAGCCUGGACCCGCUGCGGGGCUUUGUGCUGGCGCCGCUCUUCGUGUACCUGUUCAUAGGCACGUCCUUCCUCCUGGCCGGGUUCGUGUCGCUCUUCCGCAUCCGCACCAUCAUGAAGCACGACGGCACCAAGACGGAGAAGCUGGAGCGGCUCAUGGUGCGCAUCGGCGUCUUCUCGGUGCUCUACACGGUGCCCGCCACGAUCGUCAUCGCCUGCUACUUCUACGAGCAGGCCUUCCGCGAGCACUGGGAGCGCUCGUGGGUGAGCCAGCACUGCAAGAGCCUGGCCAUCCCGUGCCCCGCGCACUACACGCCGCGCAUGUCGCCCGACUUCACAGUCUACAUGAUCAAAUACCUCAUGACACUCAUCGUGGGCAUCACGUCAGGCUUCUGGAUCUGGUCCGGCAAGACGCUGCACUCGUGGAGGAAGUUCUACACCCGCCUCACCAACAGCCGACACGGCGAGACCACCGUGUGAGGGGGCGCCCGCGCGCCUCGUGCGGGACCCCCAACCCCUCGCCCACGCCGCGCUUUUCCCCCGUCCCCGUUGGGGGACUCGCUCCUUACAGACUCCUUAUUUUUAUUUUUUUAAAUAAAGAACAGUCAAAACCAUUUAUUUUUUAGGUUGCUUUUUAAAAAGAACUCUGCCCAACACCCCCACCAGGUUUGUAAUUAAAACUGUAAAUAGUCUUUGUAAAUUUAAUGAUAUAUUUUCUAUUUAAGAGAAAAAAAGGGGGAAGAAAAAGGCAGUGAGGGGCGCCAGGGCCCAGGGAAGGGGUGAAGGGGAGUGGAGGGGGUCCUCUUCUUUAGUGGCCCUUUGAAACACCCCCUACUUGGGCUGGAGCUCUUCGUGAGUUGGCAGGGCGGGCCUGCUGCUGGCCUGAGGAGUUCGGAGCUUGUUACAUUCAACUUCCGAAGCCUGACUUGCAGCCUCUCACUGACGCCGGGCCUUUGGAAGCUGUCGGGUAUUUUUGAACAGGACUUGGAUUCUUUUGGGGUUAUUUCUCUUUCCCCACUACCUCCUCACUUGUUCCAUCUCCUCUACUCCGUCUUGAACCUCGCAACGGAGAUGAACACGAAAAAAAGACCCAAACACGCUGGUGGGGCGGUGGGGCGAGUGAGGAGAUUGAGGAAUGGCCUCCGUGGCUCUGGCUGGCUCCUUUCCAAGCAGGACGCUCUCUCCUCUCACUUUUCUUUUUGUGCUUUGAGUGGGCAGAAAGUGCUCUGUGAAGUGUGUUUUGAGACAUCCCCCCUCCCCAACACACAACUACCACUUUGAGUGCCUCUCCCGUCUGCCUCCCUUUUUAGGGGGAGCAUUAGUCUUUGAGUAUUUCUUCUCAAAUUUUGGGGUUAGGGAUUGCCCUUGAUUCUCCCCUUCCUUCACUUGCAGUCUGCUCGCGGCUGGUGCCCCCAACCAGAUAUAGUCUCUGGAGUACAAGUUACCAGUUUGCUGCGUGGUUUGUGUGUUAUGUGUGAGUUUUUGUCCUUUGGGGUUAUUUUGUUUAAAAGAAGCAAUAAAAAUGGGUUGGGCUAGAGGGAGGGACAGAUGGGCUGGUGGGGUUUUCAGUUUUUCUUUGCCUAAAGACUGGUUUCUUUUCAAACUUAUCCAGAAAAUGGUGGGGUGGGGGGGAGAAAGGUGGGUAUCUUUGCUUUGGAAGAAGGCUCUGGGCAGACUCUUUGUGACUGUGGGGGUGGGGUUGAGUGUUUACAUGACAUUCUAUAUCACAAGAUGGAUAGAAUGUUUACAACAGAUGUUUCUUAUCUACCCCUACCCCCCACAAAUAAAACUCAAGACUUUUCUUAAAGUAUCUUUGACACUGGUAUGAGAACUCCAGUUUCCAAUACACAUCAUUUUCUUCAAAUAUUUGGAAUAUUUUAGACUUAAUUCCAGCAGAUUGAUUUGAAAACCAAGGGGUGCAGUGGAACAAGUAUGCCACAUAAUUCAAUUUUUGACCAUCUCCUGUUUCUUGAUAAUAGUGCAAAUUAAAAGCUAAUAAUCAUAAUAAUAAAGUGCAUUUAAUUAUCUUCUAGAGAUCUAGCCCUUUAAUUGUAUUUAACAGGGUUGUAACUUUUUAUUAGUUUAACCAAACCACACCUCCUCCUCCCCUCUCCCCCUGACCUACUUGGUUGGGGGUGGGGUUCCCUGUCCCAAACCUUGCUUUUUUAAGCUAAAUAGUGAUGGGGAAAAUGGUGCCUUACCACCCUUUGUUAGCUGUCUUUGGGACAAGGGAGAAAGUUAAGUUAGGACCCCUGCUUGGAAGGGUUUGCCUGUGUUAGUUUAUGUUGGGGGAGGGGAUCUGGAAAUGUUUGGUGGUAAUUGAAGUCGUAUGUGGGGCUUUGUUUGGAAUUGUAUGAAGCCAGGGGAUUUCAGCUGAGCCCCCUUCCCAAAAUAUAUAAUAUUCCCCUGUAGCUUUUGUGGCUGUAGCCUACAUAAGUUAAAAGUAGCUUUUUCUCAAAUGAGGAUGUGUGUGAAAUCUCAACAUGAGAUUCUCUAUCAAAGAAGCAGUUUUCAAGGUGUCACUCCCCUUAUACUCCAUUUGUUGCAAGAUUCUCAAGGAACCCCACAAGGGUUGCAGGAAAGAGUUAAAUUACAAAGUGUGAGUGCCUCUCCUGGAAAUGGUGGUGAAGCUGGAGCAAGGAAAGAGGAGGGGGUGUAAAUUCCAGAGGCUGGGAUGGAGCCCAGUGGGGAGAGGAGUGCUGGCUCCGUUGAAGAUUUGGGGGAAAGCAUCCCCUCCUCCCUCCAAUCUGUAAACCCCCAGAAUCCCAGUUCUUUGUGUUUUGGGUACAUAUGUCAAUGAACCCUCAGGCUGAUAGAUGUGGACUUAACAGUUACCUUUUCCUUCCCUGAGUGGGGGGCUAGAGGGAAUUUUGGUACAUAUUGUUUCUCUUUCUCAACCUCAGAGUCUCCUGCCAACCUAGGGGAAGAGGACCUGGGAAAUCAGAAAAACUAGGGUUUUGGGGAGCCGGUAGGGGAGGAUAGAGAAGCUGAUUCCCUUUUAGAAGGGAUAGGCCUGUCUUCUAGAUGCCCUCCUUUUCCCCAAAGGGGUAGCCUAGGGCUGAACUACCUGACAGAAAGUAGUAGGGCCCUCUUUCCCGGGCUUCUCUCAUUAGUUUCAUGAAAAGACUCUUAGAGAGAGGGAAGUAUAGCCUAAGGUGUGCAGAACUAGGGGAGAAAGUGCCCUGCAGCAAAGGUAAACCAUCUGAGCUCAUUGUCACAUCUGGAGAGGGAUAUCCACUCCCUCGUUUGGAAAACCUGGUUAAAAAUAUGAGCUAGGAAGUCUGCUUUUGCAGAUUUCUGGAUUGCCUACUGGCAGGAAAAUUUACCCAAUUGUAAAUGGGUUGGUCCUAUCCUCUGGAUGAGCGAGACUUUGUCUGGCGGGGGUCAGGGGCUCAUGAGCCCUUCACUGCGGCCUGUCUCAGACCUCAACUGCUUUCUACCAGCUUUCCCACCCUCACCCCCCUUUCACAAAGGAGUGAUGCUGCUAUUUCUCCAGGGUCAGGGCACUUCUGUUGCAGACACUCCCAACCCUGAUUGGUCAGAUUUUUACUUUUCCUCCCCCAUUCCAGACUUCCCCUCCUGAAAAUGGUUCCUUUACUAAUUCUGUAAGCUUAAGUGUCAGUCCCAGAAAAGGACACCAGAGUUUUACAAAAUGAAAUUCUUCUGAACUACCCUAAAGAGUAAGAUCAGUGGAAUCUAGAGCUGCUGACUUCUGGAUUAUUCCAAAAAGCUCUCUAAGAGGAUGUUGGGGCCCCAGAUCUAGUUGAUCCUGUCUCUUGCAGGAAACAAGUUACCAAGAUGCAGCAGAGUGUAAUGAAUGUUUAAUACUUUGUCAAAGGGGAAAAGUUGGAGACAAUAUUUAGAAAGAACAGACUUUUGCAUGAAACAGUGCCAGCCCUGAGUCCCAAUACCUGUCUAGCAAGGUGCUGGUGAAGAUUAGAUGAGAGGAUGCAGGUUACAGCACCAGUACAUAGUAGAAGUUCAAGAAAUUGCAGCACUCUUCCAGUUACCUAGGGUAAAUUCCUGAAAGUGGAAAUCACUGGAUCAAAGGAUGUGCAGCUCUCUCUAACUUAUUGUUACUGGCGGUUUUAAUAGAAUAAUUUACUUGGCUCCCAGUUUCUCUACCCGACCCAGGGUCCUGUUCAGAGGUUCCUCUGGGAGGUGGUGGGCAGUGUUUUCCCCCUUCUCUCUGAUUAGGACAGAAAUGUCUUACCCGCCUGAAUGAGCAGGGCACACACGCAGGCGGGCCCUCUCUCCAGCCAGCUUUGAAACUAGCUAAUUAGGGCUGGGGUUGUCACAGCUGGCUUCCCCUGCACUCCCCCUUCCUCUGCUCUGCCCCAUCCCCAGCCUCACAGCCUCAAAGCCACCUCCCCAGCAGCCCCGCCUUCCAUUUAAGGCUUGUGGCUCCCCCAAGCCAUCUGUGAAGGUGCUGGCAUGUGAGACCUGGAAGGGCUAAGGCUACAGCAGCUGAAAAAGGACAAGAUGGGACAUGGAAGAAGCUCGCAGACCACGGAUUAGCUUUAGAGAGGACUGCCUGCCUUUGGCCCGGACCCCCUCCUUAUUCCUAAUGAAAUCUGGAGAGGAGCCGGCCUGGGCUGGGGGCUGAGUCCUGCGCUCUUUGUUUGAAAGCCAAGCUUUCUGAAGGCUCCAGCCUCCCAACCUGGCCCUUAUAAUUAGCCCCAAUCAGAGUGUUUAUGUCGGGGCCUCAUGCGGAACUCAGAGCCCCAUGAUUUCAUUCCAAACCUGGGGGGA